GUGAGACGUUGACAGGAGCUCCUCGAGCUGCAGCUUUUGUUUCAGUGUGUAGAGGAGGCUGGAAUUAAAAUCACAGUCAUCAUCACAUCGGAGGGGUUUCGCCUCCUGGGGAGCAUUUUACUGAAAGGAAAAGGGAGAAGAAGCCAGAAAAAAAGAGGCGUUCAGGAACGUGGGAGUUUCCGCCCACAUCGUGCGACCAAAGGAACUCGAGCUGCAGUUUUCUCCAAGCCGCUGGUCCCACAGGAUGUCUGCUGAUGAUGUCAUAAAGGCCCAUAUGACUGCUCUCACACAUGGGACGGCGCGCGCUCGCGGCCUGACUCAGACGUUACUUAACGUGCCAUACGGGGACGGAGAAGGAGAGAAGCUGGACAUCUAUCUGCCCAACACCACCUGUCCAGAUGUCCUGCUUCUGAUUUACAUCCACGGAGGAUACUGGCAGUUUCUCAGUAAGGACCAGUCCGGGUUCCUGGCUGUUCCGCUGCUGCAGAAGGGCAUCGUGGUGGUUGCUGUCGGAUACGACAUCGCACCAAAAGGUAACAUGGACAUGAUGGUUUCCCAAGUUCGCAGGAGUGUGGUGUCCAUCAUCCAGCAGUAUUCCCACAUAAGCGGUCUGUACCUGUGCGGACACUCGGCCGGCGCUCACCUGGCCGCCAUGGUCCUCUCCACCAACUGGUCCCACUACGGCAUCAGCCCGCAGUUCAAAGGUGCUUUGCUGGUCAGCGGCGUGUUCGAUCUCCAACCCAUCCUAUCGACCUACAUCAACGAGCCACUGAAGAUGACGCAGGAGGUGGCGCUGAGGAACAGCCCCGCUCGUCUGGUGUCUGAACUCAAAGAGUCGUCCUCCGUCUGCCACGUCGUCGUGGCCGUCGCUCAGAACGACUCACCGGAGUUCCGCAAGCAGUCGGAAGAAUACUUCAAAAUGCUGGAGUCAGUGGGUGUGAACGCCACCAUGGAAGACAUUCCAGACACGGAUCACUUCAGUAUCAUUGAACAGCUGGUGGACUCCGACUAUUACCUCACAAAGAUUCUUUUGGAGAUGAUGAAGAGCUGAAGUCACCACAAAACUCAGUCUGCUUUAUUUCAGCAUUCUAUUGUUCUAACUGCACUGCUGCCAGAUUGAGAUGAUAAUCUGAACUCAUCUCAUUGAUUGUCUGCUUUUCCACCACUAGAGUUCCUGCUGAACCCAACCAGCAGAGGCCAGUCACAAGUCUGACUUUUGUCACAUUAAAGAGGUCAAAGAAGUUUUUUUUUUUUUUCUUUUGGGGGGGGGAUUAAUUGUGUAUAAUUGUAAUUGUGUGAUAUUCUAGCUUCGAGUUUGGCCAAUCAGUGGAUGGUUUGAAUUCAGUGCUCAAAACUACACUUGAUAAGAUUGCA